AUGCCGGACGAUUUAUCAUUACACUUGAGUGGCUCUUCAAAAAGACUAAAUUCUCGCCAACCUGGACAGUCUCCCAAUGGGGACUUUGCACCAAAUGGUAUGGAUUUGGAAAAAGAAUAUAAAACAUCUCAAAGCAAUGUAACUACCGAGGUUUACGAGGCAUCGAGCUUAGAAGAAAAGACAAGUUCAAAAAAACCACAAUACAGUUCCUUUUGGAAAAAGCUGUACUAUGAGCAUCUGGUCGUUGACAAAUCAAUUCUGGGAGUAUCUGUUCUAGACUCUUUUAUGUACAACCAGGACUUGAAACCCGUUGAAAAAGAAAGGCGGGUUUGGUCCUGGUAUAACUUUUGUUACUUCUGGCUUGCAGAAUGCUUCAACAUCAACACCUGGCAAAUUGCUGCUACCGGUUUACAACUGGGUUUGAACUGGUGGCAAUGUUGGAUAACAAUUUGGAUUGGUUAUGGGUUUGUUGGUGCUUUUGUCGUUUUGGCUUCCAGAGUCGGUACCGCCUACCAUUUAUCCUUCCCCAUAUCAUCUAGGGCAUCCUUCGGAAUUUUUUUCUCCUUAUGGCCUAUUAUUAACAGAGUAGUCAUGGCCAUUGUGUGGUAUAGUGUCCAAGCUUAUAUUGCAGCAACCCCGGUGUCUUUGAUGCUGAAAUCCAUCUUUGGUAAAAACUUACAAGACAGAAUACCAGAUCACUUUGGUUCUCCAAAUGCUACCACUUACGAGUUUAUGUGUUUUUUCAUCUUUUGGGUUGCCAGUCUUCCAUUUUUGUUAGUACCACCUCAUAAAAUUAGACACUUGUUUACUGUGAAAGCAGUCUUAGUUCCAUUCGCUUCAUUUGGGUUUUUAAUUUGGGCCAUUAGAAAGGCCCAUGGGCGCAUCGCCUUAGGGUCUUUGACUGAUGUGCAACCUCAUGGCUCUGCAUUUUCGUGGGCAUUUUUAAGAUCUCUAAUGGGCUGUAUGGCUAAUUUCUCAACAAUGGUCAUUAAUGCCCCAGAUUUUUCAAGAUUUUCAAAAAGCCGUAACUCUGCUCUGUGGUCCCAACUAGUGUGUAUUCCAUUUUUGUUUUCCAUUACUUGUUUGAUUGGUAUCUUAGUUACUGCGGCCGGUUACGAAAUAUAUGGCGUCAAUUAUUGGUCACCACUGGAUGUGUUAGAGAAGUUUUUACAAACCAGCUAUAACAAAGGCACAAGAGCGGGUGUCUUUCUGAUUUCCUUUGUCUUUGCGGUGGCCCAAUUGGGUACUAACAUAUCUGCAAACUCCUUAUCAUGUGGGACUGAUAUGUCUGCUAUUUUCCCCAAAUUUAUUAAUAUUAAACGUGGUUCAUUAUUCUGUGCCGCUAUGGCGUUGUGCAUCUGUCCGUGGAAUUUAAUGGCGACAUCGAGUAAGUUUACAAUGGCCUUGUCCGCAUAUGCCAUCUUUUUAUCCAGUAUUGCCGGUGUUGUUUGCUCGGACUACUUUGUUGUUAGAAGAGGCUACAUCAAGCUAACACACAUUUACUCCCAUCAGAAAGGUUCUUUCUAUAUGUAUGGGAAUAGAUUUGGUAUUAACUGGAGAGCUUUGGCUGCUUAUUUGUGUGGUAUAGCUCCUUGUUUGCCUGGUUUUAUCGCCGAAGUUGGUGCGCCAGCUAUAAGUGUCUCAGAUGGCGCUAUGAAACUAUACUACUUAAGUUAUUGGGUGGGAUACGGCUUAAGUUUUUCAACUUAUACUGCAUUGUGUUAUUUCUUUCCUGUUCCCGGAUGCCCAGUCAACAACAUUUUAAGGGACAAGGGCUGGUUCCAAAGGUGGGCCAACGUUGAUGAUUUUGAAGAAGAGUGGAAAGAGACAAUAGAGAGAAAUGACUUGGACGAUGACGAGAUCAGCGUCUAUGAACAUGAAGGCGAAAAGACAUUCAUUUAA